GGGCGCAGGAUGCGCACAGCGGUGUGCGGGGUGGGCACAGCGGGGUAUCGGGUGUGCACAGCGGGGUGCGGUGCGCAGGGUGCGCGGAGCGGGAGCAGUGCCGGUGUCCCCCGGCCGGGGGCGGGCGCGGUGCGGAGCGGGAGCGCCUCGUGCUCCGCUGCGGCUCCUUUAAGACCGGCGGGGGCGGCGGGCGCGGGGCGGCGCGCGGGGGGCGCGCGCGGCUCCCGGCGGCGGGGGCGGGGGGGGUCCCGGUCCCGAUCCCGAUCCCAAUCCCGGCCCCGGCCCAUGUCCCGGCCCGCGGCGCCGCCCGGCUCCCCGCGCCGCCUCGGGGCGCUGAGCACGGCGCAGCUCCGGGCGCUUCUGCAGGACGAGCCGCGGCUGCAGCGCGCCGCCCGCCUCAGCAGGAAGUUCCAGAGUCUGCAGCAGGAGCGGGAGAUGUGUUUGGCUUCAAACUGUACCCAGGCCAGGGUGAACCUGUCCCUGCGCCCGCGGCUGGAGGACGGGAAGGCUUCCCUGGCCAUCAAGUACCAGGAGCUGCGGGAGAUCCGAGAGGCAUGUUGGGACAAGCAGCAGCGCCUGGAGGCUUACCUGGAGAAGUGGAGCCCACAGAGCGCCCUGGGCCAGCUCCAAGCCAGGCUCGAUGCCUCUGAAGCAGAGUCAGAGGUACAGAUAGAGCAGUUCCUGGCCCAGGACCUGCCCCUUGAGUCCUUUCUGGAGUCCUUCUGCCAGAGCCGCACACGCUCCCACAUCUGCCGGACGCAGCUGGAGAAACUGCAGGAGCUGCUGCAGAAGGACCAGGUGCAGAAGGACCAGGUGCAGAAGGACCAGGUGGGGAGGGACCCUGCGGGCCCCACGAAGUGCCCAGGUGCCCCGGCUAGCCCACCACCAGCCCGCCUUGCCCCGUUACGGAGUGGAGUAGCCCCCAAAGCCUUCGAUCUCUCCUACGGCUUUGUGCCUGCCCUCCUCAUCCCCUCGGAGGCCGUUGUGCCUUUUCCCGUGCCAGCUGCGCCUCCCAAGCACCAUCUCCCAGCCCUGGGACAGCAGCCAGCAUCUCCCUGCUCUGAAAUCCCCAGCCCAGGCUCUCCCCUGCGCCUCGUCGGACACAUCCCCGUGCUCAGCCCCCAGCCCGUCCGCAGGCAGCAGCGGCUGCGGCAGCAGCAGCAGGAGCCUCCACACCGGUAGCAGGGCAGGGAUAAGGGAUGUCCCUGCUCCUGUGCCUCCACGGGGCUGCACAGGAACACCCUGGCCAGGGAGCAUGUGGGGUGGGGGGUGGUGUAGGCACAGCUCUGAGGGGCUGCGGGGUCUGGGGGGCAGGCACAGGGGUGGGUGCUCACAGAGGGAUGGAGGUGCUUGGCUGGGGGUGGGAUGGGGCAGGUGCUGUGGCUGGGGAGGGGGUCCUGUGUUUGGGGAGCUGUCAGGGGGAGGUCUCUGCAUCCACAGCAAGAGGAACAGUGAGAGGAGGUGGGGGUGGGUGGCUUUUAGGGAUGUCAGUGGGCUCGGUCGGGGGAGGGAUAGCAGGGAAAAGGGCCCAGGGACACUGGGUGCCACAUACUUCCUAAAUAAAGGCUCUUUCCAUGCUCUAUAUUA